GUCAAGCUCUGGCCCAGGAGCAUUCCGCCUGUACUCUGGCCCUACGGCUUCCUUUGCGCCACGCCGCCCACCCUUGCUCUCCGCAGUCCACCCCUGGACUCCAAGGCCUGGUGGUGGCGGCCAGGGCGACACCCGGCCGCGGAUUGGCUGUUGCGGACACGGGGCGGGGCGGAUGGGAGAGGCUCGUUCUCCGCGGGUUUCGCUGUCUUUCGCGCCAUGUCGUUUGUGGAGAGCGGGUGGCGGUCGGCUUUGCGCCGCCGCGGUCCCGGCACCCCGGCCCCUUUGGCUCGGCCGAAGUAUUCCUCCUUUACUCAGGGGGACAGUUGGGGUGAAGGCGAAGUCGACGAGGAGGGAUGCGACCAAGUGGCCCGCGACUUGCGGGCGGAGUUCUCGGCUGGGGCGUGGUCAGAGCCCAGAAAAGGCUCGCAGCUCCCGCCGGCCGCGGACGGGUCUCCCGUUCUGCCCGAUAAACGCAAUGGUAUCUUCCCGGCGGCUGCGGGCAGCAGAGCCCAGCCACGGCGGUGGCCGGUCCAGGUCCUUUCUAUUCUCUGCUCGCUGCUCUUCGCCAUCCUUCUCGCCUUCCUCCUCGCCAUCGCCUACUUGAUCGUUAAAGAGUUGCAUGCUGAGAAUUUGAAAAAUGAAGAUGAUGUAGACACUGGGCUAUUAGGAUUCUGGACUCUACUUAUAAUAUCCCUAACCGCUGGAUUCUCCUGUUGCAGCUUUUCUUGGACAGUGACUUACUUUGAUUCUUUUGAACCAGGAAUGUUUCCUCCUACUCCUCUUUCACCUACCAGGUUCAACGACCUGUACUCCACUUUAAGACUGCACUCCACAUUUCACAUCACCUGUACUCAAGCUUCAUCUAGUGGUGAAAGGAUAUAGCUGCAGGUUAAUGGUUAUUCAGUGUGCUGGAGUAAAAACCAUUCUGAUAAUGUCGCAUCUAGGAUAUGAUUGUUACUCUGUAGUAAUAAGUUUAGUGGAAAAAUGGUAACGUAAGCUAUGAGUCUUAUUGCUGACAUGAAAAAAUGUUCAUUAUUUAGAUCAAACGUCAAAUUUAACAGCAUAUACUCCAAUAACCUUCACACUAGGACAUUAACAUUGUAGGAAUAUAAAACAACUUGUGGAUUCCAAAAUAAGUCAAUCUUGGCAAGUAAAGUUGGUUUAUUAAAUUUUAAAUCCCAUUAAUUUGUAUAACCUAAACAUAGAGUGAAGUGGCAAGCGCCCCUAGCAUCUGAUGAUUUCUGUAGCUGAAAUCAUUGUGGAGGGAGUUGCUGUGCCAGAGAAGUUCCUUAAUAGAACUAUUAUUUUAUUAAUAGGACUAUUAUUUUAUUUAAGAUAUCUACAGAUAUUUAUUUCCAAGGAGGAAAAAAAAAUGCUUAUAUUUAAAGUUAUGAGGGUAAGCCGACUCUAUAAAUGGAAAUAAAGUACUGCUGGAAAUUUCAGAUUACAAGCUUAUGCUGAUCAAAGGUAUAUCAAAGUAAGAUUUCUGGUGAAUUGUAUAUCUGAAUUCAAAGCUUGGAUUGUUAAAUCACCUAAUGAGAAAGUUAUUUUAAAUGAUUUUCUCUCUGUGUUGAGAAAUGCUAUAGAAAUAGCAUGUCCAAAAUCAUUGGAGUCACAGCAUUGUAGUUUUUGGAGCAUGUCUCAGUCCUUAAGAAUCUUCAAUUGACUUCUGUACAUCUCCUCUUUAGAUGUAUUAAUGGUUGUAUUUAUGGCUUAUUUGAUAUAGGAUUCAGGUUUAAAAUGCAGAAAAUGCAGGGAACUUCACAGUUAUUAGCAUUAUAUCAUGAUUUCUAGGCAUAUGCUAAGGAAAAGAGUGGUGUCUUUUUCACAAAUUCCUGCUGAAAAUAUAAUCUAUGAAAUUAGAUUGGCAAUUUGAAUUAUUUCAUAGUUAAUAUGCAAAUCAGAGGAUAUAUGCUGCUUUCCUCAUGCUAUCAAUCUUUGUUGUCUGAUCACUAUGAGUUAUCCAUCUUUGUUUCUUCUCCCAACCACAAAUGACGUUUGAUAAGUAUCCAGACACUUAAUUUUAGAAAACAUGCUUUUAAUUUAAUUUUUAUUUAAUGUAACAUUAUUUAUAUGCAUCCUGUUUAAAAUAAUUAUAUUGCCUUACAAUGCAAUUUGGAAUCUGUAGAAUAAAUUAUAAGUGAGAAAGAAAAGAAAACAAGUUGAUUUUUGUUUGAAUUGAUUUUUGGUAAAUUGUUUUUAGUAACUAUUUUAGAGGGUAACAUGAUCUGUUACUCCUUUACAUGUGUUACUUCCUAUGUAAAGUGUUUGUAUGUAAUUAGAUGCUAACAUUUGUAUGCGAGAGCGUGUUGUUAACUGUAGUGGGGGCAGCAGAUAGUAAAAUAUUUUGACAUGUGAAUUUCCUGGAACAUUCAGGAUUCAGGAAUGGCAGGCUGUUUUAUAAUGUUAUUUUUCUAUUCAACAUUAGUUUGGGUCUUUAAAAUAUUGUUAUUAGGGUUUUCUCUAACUUCUCCACAUUGAGGGUUAAGGAAAUAGAGAACAAAUAAAACAGUUAAAUUAUAAUACGCAAUUUAAGAAAAGGGAACAAGUUUUGUUUGACUUGCUUGAAAUUUGAAAUUUCCAGCAGCACUUGAUUUUAAUACAGUUAGCCUAUCCUCAUAACUAAAUACAAAAAUUGACUUUUCCUCCUUGGAAAUAAGUAUCUGUGGACAUCUUUAGCAUAAAAUAAUACACAAGUGUUACAGGUUUUUAACUUGGGCAGAUAUAUAAGUCUUGGAAGUCAAAAGCAGUGGGUUAUUUAGUAUUCAAAUUAGAAGUUUCUUUUCCAAGCAUACUAGAUUUAACAUUGGGUAAAAUGAACUGACUCUACUACUCUUUCAUACAUAUUUUGGAGAGCUGCCUCUUUGUCAAAUCAGAUUCUUUUUUGCCAUGAACUAAUGAAACAGAUGUCAGAUGGCUAAUUGCAGUAGGAGAGAAAAGCUGCUGACAAAAGAGGUGGAUGAAGAACUUGGGCUUAAUAUUUGAGCAUCAUGAAAUCUCAUUAUUUAGGGACUAUUCAGAGCCAUCAGUUACAAUGCUGUCACUAUUAAUGAAUAUAUUGAUGGCAUUGCACUGCAGCUUCUUGAAGUAAAGGGUUAAAAUACAUGCAUAUCUUGUAAGAUAUAUUUCCUUACUGUUUUAAAUCAUAGAUGUAACAAAAUCCUCUAAGAAAUUGUAUUAACUAUUGGUUUUGUUGUUUUUAUAAAGUGAUAGAGCAAAUGAGUGUUUGCUUUGUACAUAUUUUUUUUUUUUUUUUAAGACAGAUUCUCA